AUGGGGGUGUACAUUGUUGGUUGGCUGAGUAUAUAUCUGUCGUUUCUGAAUGACGGCACAGCCUUUCGGGCAGUCCCUGUUUCCAAGCAGAGAAGCAGUUCUCUCUUGGCGGAUUCCAUCCAGGACUUUAGUUUGGAAGAAAAAAUCCGAGCAACGCCCGCAAAACAAAUCAAAGAAGAACUUGCGAGCUUUGGGGUUUCUACGAUCGGGUUGUUCGAGAAAGAAGAUCUCGUUCAGCGGCUUCUUCUGGAGAAAAUUGAAUCUGUUCCCACUGAGUAUAAGGAGCCAAGUUCAAAUUCACUUCCCAGCGUGAUAUCAACACCUCUCUACUUUACAAGUUUGGACGCUGGUUUGAGAAUUGCGGCUGUGAACUCGGACGAUGGCAUAUCCGUCAAUCCAAGCGAAAAGCCAUACGCUGCAAUCAAAGUUCAAGUUCAGGAGAAAGGUACUUCGUUCUCAUUGCAGUUGCUUCUGGAUACAGCCUGUUCUGGCUUGGUUCUCCGACCAUCGGUGGUGAAGAAGUGGAACUUGCCGAAAUCAUCCAUGCCCGUGACAAUGACGGGGGCAGGAGGAUCAUCUGUCGCACAAGGGCUUACUCAACUAUCGUUUGAUGUUGGAGACAAAUCAUUUGGCCCAUUACCAGCAGCCAUCCAGGAUAUUGGCGCUCUCCCCAGGUCACUGGAUGGAAUUGUUGGUCUAUCGUUCUUGCAACAAUUCUGCUCCGUCGACAUGGAUUUUGCAAUGGGGCAAUUGAGAUUAUACGACCCUGAUAUGCCCCCCCCUCUGAUUGACUCGGCAAAUGGUACCUUAGUUGGGAAUGCAAAAAUGUGUAUGAUUCCGCAGUUGGGCCUUUAUGCAGUGGAUGUAUACCUCGGAGGCCGUGGACCUGUCAAGAUGUUGAUAGAUUCUGGCGCUUCCUUUUCUGCUUUGAACUGGAAUGGAAUCGACAAGCUUGGCAUAUCAAGAGACGACGAAUCGUUUUUGAAGAGACUGGGUAGUCCAAUGUGCGCCAUGGGUAGUGAUAGUAACGUGGCACAGCUCACUCAUCGAAUCCAUGUGAGCAGUGUACUGCAAGUGGGUAACAAGUCACGAGGACUAUCAUUGAAGCAUGAUAAACGACUUCCAAUUGACAUUGGGAACAUUGCAAUUCUCGAUGCAUUGGCAAGCUACAAUGUUGUUGGGAUAUUGGGCAUUGAUGCCUUGAUGAAAUGUUCUUGUGUGAGGUUGCAGCUUGAGACCGAAAAAAUGCAACUCCUCUUGUUCGAGUAG